AUGUGUUUUAUCCUGAUUGGCGGUUCAUCGACCAAUGAAAUUCCCGGUUGGACUCGCGGCUUUGGAGAGCUCCGGGCGACACCGGGCUGCAUUUUUGCCUCUGGCCUCCAUGGUGUCGUGCAGGCAUUUCACCCCACUAACCCGCUCAUCCCUGUCGGCGCGAAACCUAUCGCCGAAGGUAUUCCGCAAACUCCCACUGCGAUGACAGUCGAUCGAGGAUUGCUGGUUGUCGGGGCGGGGGAUGGCACCAUCUACAUAUGGUCUUCCAGUGCGAAUCGGAACGGUAUCACGUGCUGA